AAAAAUGACCAUACAAGACAAUUGCAAGAAGAAUUACGUUGCUAAUCUCAACAAUAACUAUAUCACUAAAGUUCUAGCAACCGGUCCUGUUCUAGAGGCGCAACGGGCUACAUUUAGUAAUCUGUUCACGCAAUCUUUUUCCCAUGCAUACCGUGAUUUGCAACUUGACCUAUUUGACCUACCGCAGGAACAAACUUUGAGUUCAUAUCUUGAGCAUUCCUUUAAUGCUACUUGGUCUCUAAUACAAUCGGGAAAACUACAAUUAUGGGUCGAGGUUUCUAGAGACUCUUCGGAACUUGUGGUUGGUUUCAUAUGUGUCCAAACAAAAGACGAUAUCUGUUAUAUCGAGCAGUUUGUAGUUCAUCCAGAUUUCCAACGCAUUAAGAUUGGUUCAAAUCUCAUCAAAGCGGUUGAAGAGCGUUACCGUCUCAUCUGGCUACAUACGCGUCAUAUUAAUGAGGUUGCAAUUUCAUUCUACACGCGAAAUGGCUUUAUUCGCUCAGAUGCUGAUGACGGUGAUAUGGCGUAUCCCAUUGAGUUUCCCUCACGUUCUUCAAAAACUUUUAUGCUGAUGAAAAAAGUGAUAUCUUGAUAACGAAUAAA